UGGAAGGACUACAUGCUAAUCUAUAAAUAUUGAUAUUCAAACUCGAAGCUUUCUUCGAAAUUACUUAGCAAAAUCUACUUAUAUUUGGAGUGAAAGACAUUGUGAAUACAUCAAACUCUUACCCAAUAAUAAAAGGAGUCACUAUCUCCAUAGAGUUGUCCGGCGAACAUAUCAAUUAACUUUAAUUUCUUCCAAGUGGACUAGUGAUUUAUUUGCCUUACGCAAUUUGACAAGAAGCUUGUGGUGCAAGAAAGCAUGGAGAUGGAGCAGCAAUUGGAGUGGAAUGAAGCACAGAAGAUUGUCAUAAAUGUUGACCUUGUUUCUGCAGCCAAACAACACCUUCAGUUUCUUGCUACUAUUGAUAGGAAUCGUUGGCUCAAUGAAGGUCCUGCUCUGGAUAUCGCAAUUUAUAGGUACUAUUCAUGUUGGCUACCUUUGUUGGCAAGGCACUCGGACUGCCCCUUCUUUGAAGGACCUUUGGUUGUUCCCCUUGAUUGUGAAUGGGUUUGGCAUUGUCACAGGCUGAAUCCUAUUAGAUACAAAACUGACUGCGAGCAACUAUACGGGAGGAUUCUUGACAACCAUAACAUUGUAUCUUCCGUGAAAGGAAUAACACAAAUGGAAACAGAAGAGACAUGGAAACACUUGUAUCCAAAUGAACCCUAUGACUUGGAUUCAACAAGAACUCUUUCAGAUAAUGAUCCUGCACAAAUUCUAAAAUCUGAGAAGUGCAGUAACUAUGAUCUAGUCUCUGCUGUUAAAAGGCAAAGUCCCUUCUUCUACCAGGUGUCUAGGCCCCACAUGACCAGUGAGGUCUAUCUUGAAGGAGCCGUGGCUCGAUACAAGGGUUUCUUACACUUAAUCCGAAGAAUCAAAGAAAGAUCAAUUGAGAGCUUCUCUGUUCCAACUUAUGACAUCGACCUUAUUUGGCACACUCAUCAGUUACAUCCUAUUUCUUAUUGUACAGACCUUGUUGAUAUUAUGGGUAAGGUGUUAAAUCAUGAUGAUACUGAUUCAGACAGAACAAAAGGGAAGAAGCUGGAUACUGGGUUUUCUGGAACUACAAAGUUGUGGGAGGAGAUGUAUGGUUUAAGAUAUUGGAGGGCAGGUGCAAUGUAUAGAGGAAAUACGCCAUCUCCUCUUAGAAUUUUUCCUUACCCUUCCAAUCCUUUGAGCAAGAAGGAAGAUACAGUCCAGGCAGAUCACAAGAUAAUUCAUCUUCCAGAGAUGAAAGUUUUGGAAGUUAUGUUGGAGAUCAUAGGCAUAAGAAACUUACCGGAAGGCUACAAGGGAGGUUUCUUUGUUUCCUUUAGCAAGUCACAGCCUGAUAGAAUCUUCAACGCGAAAAAGAAACUUACAAUUUUCUCUGAAAGUGGGGUAAAGCAGGUUGCAUACUUCCAAUGUGAACCUUGUGGCCAUCUUCUAUUAGAACUCAUGUCCCAGUCAUCUCAUGAUUUGCUGAUUUCAAAAUCUGUCGAAGUUAUAGGUUCUACUGCCCUCUCUUUAGAAGAUUUGACUUGCCCAGCUUCACAACUCACAAUGGAAAAAUGGUUGGAAGUUGUGCCAAGCAGUAAAAUAGAAGCAUUGGAACCAAUCUCUAUACGAGUAGCUGUAUCAGUUACAACACCUAGUGCCGCACCAUAUGUGUUUCACAUGGUUUGCUCCCGAGCAUUCUCAAGAAUUUCUUGUUUCUUCACAUUUCGUGGAAGGAUUCAGUAUGCAAAGAAUUGGACUCGUGUCAUUGAUGAUGCUGGUGAUGAGAUCAUUAGCCUACAGAUGAGGAACUCCAAGAAAUCAAAGAGAAUGAGUGACUCUACAUUGCAGAAAGAGUUGAUCAGCAUCAACAAGGCUGGUGAGACGCAUACUCUUGCUAAGUUAGUUGGGAAAGAGUGGAUGUUGUUGGAUUCCCAAUGGUCCCUCCAAUUUCAAACUUGCAGUGUGGAUGAUGGUUACCUUUUGGAGUUGGUUGGUGGUUCCAGGAUUGUAAAGUUCUUCCCUGGUCAAAAAUUGGAUUAUGAGCACAAGCAUUGUGCAAAGAGAAGAAAUCAAGAUGAUUUUAUGACGGCAAUCGAAUUCUCUUCAGAGCACCCAUAUGGAAGGGCACUGGCAUUGCUCGACUUAAAAUGUGGUGUUAUCAAUGUCAAAGAAGAGUGGCUACUUUUGCCUGGGAUAAUAACAGCUUUUAUAAUAGGUGAUAUUUUGAGAAAGGAGGGGUAUAGUAGCGUGCUGAGCAUUGGCAAUAAUUUGAAGUAUAACAAUACAUCUGUAGAAACUAAUGCAUGCAUGAAUAGGGCAACAGAAGUAGUCUGAAAAUCUGAUGUUGAGAAGGCAGUGCAUGUAGAUGGAGAGAUUUGCAAAAGGAAACGACGAAAUCAUGGCAAAAGUAGAAGAAAACAGCGGAGGCUGUGGCAGUGGGGGCAGAUUUUGCAUUUGGUAUGACAGAAAUCAUUUCCACGGAGCAGGUUAAAGAGUGGCGGCUGUAAGUUGUAACGGAUGAGGAAGCAGGAAUGUGGUGUGGCAGUGGCUGUGCUGAUGAUUUGGUGUUUGGAAAUGAGACAAUGGUCUACAAGAAGCUACUAUUUAAGCUAAUCUGGUUCUUAUGCGUUGAUGCUUGUAUGUUUGUAGAACCUCUCCCAGCGUGUGCAUGCCGAGCUCUUUUAGUUGACUGGUUCAUGAUGCUAGUGUCUUAAUCAGAAUUCUGGCUGUUUAGAAAUGUGUAGUUAUAUUAUACUUUGUGAAUAUGCUCGUGUGUCUGUUUGUGCAGGUGUGUACCAUGUAUAAUGUUUAUAUAGCAUAUAAAAAGCUGAAUAAGUUCAUGAGUUCUCAAUUA